AUGUGCCAGUUUAUCCCAUUAGUCUGCCAAGCCAUUAUCGACACAUACGGACCAGAAGUGAUGAAGUGCCCCAAGACAGCAGAAGAAUUGAACGAUGUAGCAAAACGAUUUGCCUCAAAGUGGAACUACUUCAAUUGUGUGAGAACCCCGGAUGGGAAGCACGUCGCAAUCAAGAAACCCAAAGGUGGAGGAUCACUGUACUUCAAUUACAAGAAGUUCCACAGCAUCGUCCUCAUGGCCCUCUCUGAUGCAAAAUACAUGUUCCUGUUCGUCGACGUCGGUGCAGAAGGAGAUGCUGGGGAUGGAGGAACCUUGCAGAAGUGCAACAUGGCCAGGGCCAUCACAUACAACUGA